AUGGUUACCAUGCGCAGCGUCGACCGUGCUGAGCGACCACUCGCUCUCGGAUUGCAAUUUGUCAUCAUUCGACUGCUUGCUAAUAUUCCUGCUCCAUUGAUUUGCGCUCGCAUUAUUGAUGCUGCUUGUGAACACUGGCGCAUUACUUGUGGACGCCAGGGGAAUUGUGCUUUCUACGAUUUGGUCAAGCUGAAUAAAUACCUCAUGGGUACGUCGAAAUAUUUGCAAUUAAUUACUUUUUUAGAGGUUGUUUGA